CUGGAAUAGGCGUGCGUCUAGUUAUUCCUGUUCCAAUUUUCGAACCAAACGCCUUUUUUUUCCUUCUUUUUUAGGGGUUGCAGAACCACACGCUGCCUCCAAGUUUAAACUCACGAAAUCGAAACGUCCUACUCGCUUAUCCUCGUGAUAAUCCUUCCAUGAACACUCCUCCCGCCUAUCAUUCAAAUCCGAUGUCAUGCUUCCCUCUUCCAUCAUAAUAAGAAGAAGGUCGAUUUUUCUUCCUGCUAUCCAACCAAUCAUUCACUUCCUUCACGUCCCCACCUUUAUGCCCCCCAUCUCAAGCUCUAUACUACCUUGCAACCAAAAGCACCUCAGUUCUGCCUCCGCUGCUGCUCUCUCUCAGCCCUGGUUACCUCAGAACCAUCCCAUUCCCAAUAAUACUAGCAGCCCCCAGGACUACCGGAACUACUUAUCCCUCCUCCAAUCCUUAAUCACCCGGAAAGCACUCGAGCCCGGAAAGCAGCUCCACGCCCGCCUCAUCCUAUCCGGUCUCGGCUUCGAUACUGUAUUGGCCACCAAACUCGUCAACUUAUAUUCGGUUUGCAACUCUCUACCAAACGCACAUAACCUGUUUGAUAGAAUACAUAAAGGAAAUCUGUUCCUUUGGAACGUCCUCAUCCGAGGGUAUGCUUGGAAUGGGCCUUAUGAGGUUGCUCUUAAGCUGUACUACCAGAUGCUCGACCAUGGGCUCCAGCCCGAUAACUUCACCUUCCCGUUCGUUCUUAAGGCAUGCUCCGCUCUCUCCGCUCUCGAGGUGGGGAGGGACAUCCAUGAGCACGUGAUACGCACCCGAUGGGAAUCCGAUGUCUUUGUGGGUGCCGGCCUGAUCGACAUGUUUGCGAAGUGUGGAUGUGUUGAUGAUGCUCGAGAGGUAUUCGACAGGAUUCCGAAUAGAGAUGUCGUGCUCUGGAAUUCCAUGAUCGCCGCCUACUCCCAGAAUGGGCACCCAUCGGAUGCGCUCUUUUUGUGUCGUGACAUGGUCGCCAAAGGAUUUCAGCCCACCGUCGCUACUCUUGUGACCGUGAUCUCGACUUCGGCUGAUGUAGCCGCUCUGCCUAGAGGGAGGGAAAUCCAUGGGUUUAGUUGGAGGCGGGGGUUUCAAUCCCAGGACAAGGUGAAGACUGCCCUUGUUGAUAUGUACGCCAAGAGUGGUUGGGUUAGAGUUGCUCGGGUUCUCUUUGAGCAGCUCAUGGAAAAGAGGGUUGUUUCUUGGAAUGCUAUGAUUUGUGGGUACGGGAUGCAUGGUCACGCAAAUGAAGCUCUUUCUCUCUUUGAUAAGAUGAGGGGGGAGGCGCAGGUUCUUCCAGAUCACAUAACUUUCGUCGGAGUCCUAUCAGCUUGUAAUCAUGGAGGUCUGAUGGAAGAAGGGAGGCAGUUGUUCAAUUUGAUGGUGAAAGAGUACAUCAUAGAACCAACAGUGCAGCAUUACACAUGCAUGAUUGACCUUCUUGGUCACUCAGGUAAAUUAGAUGAAGCAUACCAACUCAUUCAAGAUAUGUCAAUGAAACCGGAUUCUGGAGUUUGGGGUGCCUUGCUGAAUGGUUGCAAGAUCCAUAGGAAUGUGGAACUGGGAGAGCUGGCAUUGCAGAAGCUGAUUGAACUAGAGCCCAACGAUGCAGGGAAUUAUGUGCUUUUAUCCAAUAUUUAUGCUCAAGCUGGGAAGUGGGAGGAAGCUGCUAAGGUAAGGAAACUGAUGACUGAUAGAGGCUUGAAGAAGAGCAUAGCUUGUAGUUGGAUCGAAGUCAAAGGCACGGUCCAUGCUUUUCUUGUGGGGGAUUCAUCUCAUCCAAGAUCAGAGGAAAUAUACACAGAGCUUGAAUUAUUGGAAGGGCUUAUGAAGGAAGCUGGCUAUGUUCCUGAUACAAUGCCGGUCUUUCAUGACGUGGAGGAUGAUGAGAAGCACAACAUGGUUCGCAGCCACAGUGAGAGGUUGGCCAUUGCGUUUGGGCUCAUCAGCACGCCUCCUGGGACACAGCUGCUGGUGACGAAAAACCUACGGGUCUGUGAGGACUGUCAUACUGCCAUUAAGUUUAUUUCUAAGAUCGUGGAGAGGGAGAUAAUAAUAAGAGACGUUAAUCGGUACCAUCAUUUCAAGGAUGGUGAAUGCUCUUGCCAAGAUUAUUGGUAGAACUAACAGGGAAAAUUAGUGGUUGGCACCGGAAGUUGUGGUGGUUUGCACCUCUGUGGUGGAGUUGGUUCUAUUAGGAUGGGAAUGAGGUGAGUGGAUUAUAACUAAUUAUCUUUAUAAUCUGUGCAGUUUGAGCUGGGGGUAUAAUUGUUUUCUUUGUUUCAUAUUCGAAACAAAUGCAAAUGUUUUGAAUUGUUUUCGGGCCAUAAAGGGGGCCCUUUUACAUCAUAAGAGUCUAACACUUCUUCUUUGUUCA